AUGGCAAGGCCUACAAACAGAGUAGUCUUUCUAACUGUGAUCACAAACCUCAACACUUGCCACCCUACAUGGUUCCAUGCUGAUGUGAACAGAUGUUGUUGCCCCUCAGAAGAAGUUGCCAAGCGGGCAGCACUAGAUGAUCUAGAACCUUCUCAAAUCCUCUCGUUCGGUCUUCCGAUUCGACCAUCAUUCUGCCGAGUUCUUGUUAAGGAUGAUUUGAGGAGGGAACUUGAAUUGGAUCCUGAGCUUCCUGUAGUGCUACUCAUGGGAGGUGGAGAGGGCAUGGGUCCUGUCAAGAAGACUGCCAGAGCCCUAGGAAAAUCAUUGUUUGACAAAGAGCUUGGAAAACCAAUUGGACAGCUUAUUGUCAUUUGUGACCGGAACAAAAUACUGAGCUCCUCACUGCAGGCACUUGAAUGGAAAAUACCAGUAAAGGUGACAGCUAUAAGUCUUGAGCUUAUCUACUUAGGAUGUUUAUCUAGAGUAGUUGGUACCAGUGUCAGCACCCUUAUCAUCUAUCUUAUCCUAUUUUAG